GAGUGUGACGGACCAGUCCGCUCUCCUAUUUCCCGGGUUUUUCUCGCGCUUCGCCACUUCUGCAUCUAAAUGACAAACCUAAAUAGCUAGGUUAAAAAUGCGUUGUCAAGGUCUGAUUCCGAGAACAUAACACGUACCUCGGAAUUCUGCAAAGUGUUUCUAGUAUUUUCGUCUUUGUUUACCAUUUUGGCUAUAUGAACAACCCAAGGGCCGAGGGGUCCCUGAAAUAACCAAACAAAGAUCAUGCGCCACGUCACACGUCGAAAAUCACGCAAUUUGCCAUGUCACGGUAGUAGUCUGGACCCAAGUUUGCAGGUCGUUCAUGAGAGAAGUGGAUCGUGUAUUUCAUCGAUAAAUAUUUCAUUUACCCCCUUUUGACUAAUUCCUUGGAGACAUCACUUUGUAAGAAGAUCAUGGCGGAGCUGCGGAAGGCGGCGGACCCAGUGGUUGAGUUCAAAACAUUAGCUCGUAGAGACGCCUUUGAGCGCAUGGACCAUGAGUUGAAACUCUUGUUUGACACAGUACCAGAUGACAGAAAAGAGGAAGCAUUGUUGAACAUAAGUGGUUUCAAAGAGUUGUUUGGUAGGUUUCUUGAAGAAACAGGUCCAUCAGUACAAUGGGAGAAAAUAAAGCCUCCUCCUGAAGGAUCUAUUGUUAGGUACGAUCAAAUACCAGAAGUCUCUGCUAGCGAUAUAAAGGGUGUUCUUGAUAAACUUGUGGUGAUCAAGCUCAAUGGAGGUCUAGGGACAAGCAUGGGUUGUACUGGUCCUAAAAGUCUAAUCUCGUUACGUCGUGAUAUGACCUUCCUGGACAUGAAUGUACAGCAAAUUGAGCAACUGAAUAAGAAGUAUGGCUGUAAAGUUCCCCUCGUCCUGAUGAACUCCUUCAAUACACAUGAGGAAACUAUGAAGACACUGCGGAAAUACAGUGCAUAUAAUGUCGAGAUAAAAUGUUUCAAUCAGAGUUGUCAUCCACGUAUUGUGAAAGAAUCUUUGCUUCCUUUGCCCAGGGUUAUGGGCAUGAAGGAAUUCAACGUUGAAUGUUUCAACCCACCAGGUCAUGGUGAUAUUUAUCGCUCAUUCUACAGUUCUGGUCUUCUUCAAAAGUUCAUUGAUGAAGGCAAAGAGUAUAUGUUUGUCUCCAACAUCGACAACCUGGGAGCCACUGUAGAUGUAAAUAUUCUGAAUUACAUGGAAAAUCCUGCAAGAUCCCCAGCACCAGAAUUCCUGAUGGAAGUCACUGAUAAAACAAGGGCUGAUGUCAAGGGAGGAACACUUAUAGAAUAUGAAGGAAAACAAAGACUGCUAGAAAUUGCGCAAGUUCCUAAAGAACAUGUUGAUGAAUUCAAGUCAGUUAGCAAGUUUAGGAUCUUCAACACAAAUAACUUGUGGAUGAAGUUGACUGCUAUAAAAAGGCUACUGGAAGAGAAGAAAAUGCACAUGGAAGUUAUUGUUAACAACAAGACCCUUGAUAGUGGAAUGCGCAUCAUUCAACUGGAGACAGCUGUAGGUGCUGCCAUGAAGAACUUUGAAGGAGCGCAUGGUAUAAAUGUGCCUCGGAGACGUUUCCUUCCGGUCAAAACUUGUUCAGAUUUACUAUUGGUCAUGUCAAACCUGUAUGACAUGAAUGAUGGCCGACUUGAUCUGAGUCCGCUGAGACAGUUUCCGUCUGUGCCCAUAGUACAGCUCAGUGGUCCAUUUUUUAAAAAGGUGAAGGAUUUCUUGAACCGUUUUGAGACCAUCCCAGAUGUGUUAGAACUGGACCAUUUGACUGUGUCUGGUGACGUCACAUUCGGCAAGGGUGUGUGUUUGAAGGGCACUGUCAUUAUAAUUGCCAAUCACGGUGAUAGGAUCGACAUUCCUUCAGGAGCCGUUCUUGAAAACAAGAUCGUGUCUGGAAAUCUUAGAAUCUUACAACAUUAAAAGAAAGCCCCUGUUACCUCCAACAUGAACAACUGUCUCUCUUUCACUCUUCCUCGUCUCUACAGCAACUGCAUGACAGGGGGUUGUGCGUAACCAACUGUAGUGUUAGUAGGCUUGUGAAAUGUAAUCAUUGUUUAGUUGUAGGUAUUCCUUGUCUAAUGUUAAAUGGUACUGGCUAUGUACCCUGCGAGCGGAGCACCCUUUGCAUUGUAAUCAUCUCUGCUCCGAGUGAGGGGAAAAGGCUUUACUUGCAGGUUAUUAAAAUAGUGAGUUUAGGUUUUAAUAGGUGAUGUGAUUGCCAUUAAUCAUAUUCUUUGGAUAGUCGGAUUUUUCAAUGUUGUUGCUUCUCUGAUUAAUUCGUAAUUUCUUUACUUUUUUUUGCAAAAUAGGUCAAAAAGUGAGUUAUUGAGAAUCAAGGUGUUGGUAAUGUGAAGUGUAGAAAAUUUGCCAGAAUAACAUCAGUAACAUCUCUUUUUUCUUCGUCCUAUUAAGAAAUACUCAAGUUUGCUAGUCUCGAGAAUUAACGAACUGAUCAACAACGUGAAAUUGUCUUGAUAUUUAACACAUUUUCACAACUAAUACAGUGAAAAUGGAUGGCGGUCAGUAGCGAGAAUUGGGGCUUUUAAAAAGGGUUAACGAACUGGGGGCACAUUUUAUACUAUGUCUCAGUUCUCAUUCAAUUAUAGUUUCGUAUAAUUUUACAGAUAAUUAAAAGGUUGUUUCAAAAAGGAGCAAUAGUCGACAAGGAAACAAGCUGAGAGAACUAAAAGAGACCAUAAUCUGCUUGUCAAACAAGCGAAACUCUCAUUGAUCGUUGUGAAAAUUUUAGCAAGAUCAAAACCGUGGAGAGUAGGUAACAAAGGACGAGAGUUUGAUGUGUC